AUGGUCGAAUUCUGCAAACGACUCCUUCAUCUUCAUCCACACUUUCACUGUACGGUCAUCAUCCCCACAGUAGAAUCCCAUGGAAAUGCCCAGAAAACCCUUCUAGAAGCCCUCCCUACAAAUUCAAGCAUUCAGUACAUUUUUCUUCCUCCUCCAAGCUUGAACGACUUGGCGUCACAGGAGACUAACCCAGCAACUCUUAUUCAGAUCAGCAUGUAUCGUUCUUUGCCUAACAUUUAUGAAGAGCUAAACAAGUUUGUGAAUGAAACGGCACCGUUUGGUGCUGUCCUUGUGGAUGCUUUGUUAGAUCAGGUUGUGGAAUUUGUGAAGGAUCGAAAUGUCUUGUCGUUUGUGUAUUUCCCUUCCACAGCCAUGAUGCUUUCGCUCUGCUUGUAUUCUUCAGAGUUGGAUAAGGCAAUUUCUCGUGAGUUCAGAGAUCUAGCAGAACCCAUAAAGAUUCCAGGUUGUGUCCCUGUUCAUGGCAGCGAUCUCCCAGACUCGCUUCAAGAUCGAACCAACCAAGAGUACCAGAUUUUUCUUCAAGCUGGUCAACGAUUCCACCUAGCAGAUGGGGUCUUAGUCAACACCUUCUCAGAAUUAGAGCCUGGGCCUAUACGGGCCUUGAGAGAAAGGCCAGGCCCAACUGUGUAUCCAAUUGGGCCCAUUACUCAAAAUGUUGAAUCAUCCACUCAUGAAUGUCUGAAAUGGCUGGACACGAAGCCACCCAACUCCGUGGUUUAUGCAUGCUUUGGAAGUAGUGGGACCCUCUCCCAUGAGCAAUUGGAUGAGCUGGCAAUGGGACUUGAGCUGAGUGGUCAGAAUUUCUUAUGGGUUUAUAAGCCUCCAAGUAAGUUUGGGGCUGUUGCUGAUGUUUGCGUUGAGAAUAAAGACCCUUUGCAUUUUUUGCCACGUGGCUUCUUAGAGCGGACACAAAAGCAAGGCUUGGUUGUUCCUUUUUGGGCACCUCAGGAAAUCUCUCUCUCUCUCUCUCUAACCUGCUUUCAGGUACAAGUGCUUAGCCAUGUGGCGACGGGUGGUUUUCUAUGCCAUUGUGGAUGGAAUUCAAUCGUAGAGAGUGUAGUUAAUGGGGUGCCACUCAUAGCGUGGCCACUUUUUGCUGAGCAGAAACUAAAUGCCGCUCUGGUAAGUGAUGGUCUCCAGGUGGCUUUGAGGCCAAAAUAUAACGAUCAAGGCAUUGUGGGAAGGCAAGAAAUCGCUAAGCUUGUGAAGAGUUUAAUUGAAGGUGAACAAAGUGAAGCAUUUCGCCAAAGAAUGAAUGAUCUCAAACUCGCUGCUUCUCAAGCGCUUCAAGAAUAUGGAUCAUCCACUAAGACUUUUUCUGAGUUUGCUCUCAAAUGCAAGAGUUUUAUGAACAAAUAG